UUAGUAUUCCACAGACCCAAGCAGCAUUACGCUACACCAACUGACCUUUUGUUGGUGAACAUUUAAUAAAUUUAUCCCAGCGCACUUAGUAUUGCCACGUUACUUGCAUAGCUACUCAACUACCAUUUUUAUCACACUCAGGUUCGGUUCGUUCCUUAGUAAUAAACUAAAUGUUAUCUAACAUUAGUAAAAGUUACUGCCAUCUUGAUUUAAAACUCUAACUCCGUCUUAUUCCUCUUUACUCCAUAAUCGGCUACAAAGAUUUAUUCAAACACUGGAAUUCCUCCCAACUCCCUGAAAACUGCCGUUGGGCGUGGCCAGACUGACGUCAGAGGGCGUUUCGUGGCCGACGUCGUAGCGGGCGCCAAUAAACGAAAAAACAAAAGAAGAAUUCAGGCUGAAGUGUCGUGUCGGACGGUUGGCGUGGUCACUCAUCGGGUUGUUCGAGUGCAGUUUGUGUACAGACGCCGGAGAAACAAAUCCCCGUAAGGAUAAGAGAGAAAGAAAAAGCUGCCAUUUUACUGUACUGUCCAGAUGGAUGUGAAAGAGGAGAUGCAUGAGGCUGAUAUCCUAGAAGUAAGGAUCAUGAAUGUUAAGGAGGAGGACUGUGAGUGGGAGUCUCUCCCCCCAAAAUGGGAAAGUCUGGCCAUUAUGGAAGAGGAUUGUGAGCUGCAGUCCAUGGGAAUUAAAGAAGAGGCUGAAGAAAGGUUUGUCAGCAUUGAGACACACAGUAAUCAAAGUGUUGAGGAAGAAGCUCAUAAUGAAUGUCCAGAUGAACCGAUGACUCUGCUAGUCUCUUCACAAAGCAGACUGUGUUCAUCUGUCAAUGUGACGACUGAGUUCCCACAGUUUGACACAGAAGGAAUUAAGAAAAAUACAUCCAUUAGAACUCCAGAAGGUCAGGAGCUACCUACAGAUCAGUCUGGCCCAGGAAGCACACCUUGCUUCUUUUUUGGAUAUGGCAAACCGUUUUCGCAAAGAAGCAAUCUACAGAGCCACAAAAGCUUUCACGCUGGAGAGAAGAAAUAUUGUUGUUUGGAGUGUGGCAAACGAUUCUUGAGUGUUCGCGACCUUACGGCUCACGCUAGAAUUCACACUGGAGACAAACCAUAUUGCUGUUCAGAAUGUGGUAAAGAAUUCACACAGAUGCAGCAUCUUCAAAGACACUCUAGAAUUCACACUGGAGAGAUGCCAUUUAGCUGUCUGGAAUGUGGCCGGCAAUUCAAAGAUAAGAGAACUGCUCAGAGUCACAAAAGAAUUCACACUGGAGUGAAACCAUUCUACUGUUUAGAAUGUGGCAAAGAAUUCUGCAGCAAGGAAGGUUUUCAGGGCCACAGCAGAGUUCACACGGGCGAGAAUUUGAAGAGUAAGAGGCAAUAUUGCUGUUCAGAAUGUGGCAAACAAUUCUCUCUCAUGAGUGAUCUUCAGAGGCACAGUAAGAUUCACACGGGAGAAAAGCCAUUUUGCUGUUCAGAAUGUGGCAAACACUUCCUUCUCAGGAGUGAUCUUCUGAGCCACAGUAAAAUUCACACAGGAGAAAAGCCAUUUUGCUGUUCAGAAUGUGGCAAACAAUUCCUUCGCAGGAAUGAUCUUCAGAGCCACAGUAAAAUUCACACUGGAGAAGGGCCAUUUUGCUGUUCAGAAUGUGGCAAACUAUUCCCUUACAGGAGCGGUCUUCAGAGACACAUUAUAAUUCACACGGGAGAAAGGCCAUUCAAAUGUUUAGAAUGUGGCAGGCAAUUCAAAGAUAAGAGGAGUCUUCAGUGUCACGAGAGAAUUCACACUGGCCAGAAAUUAAUCCUUAGAGAGAAGCUGCAUUGACAAAAAUGACUGAACGCA